CUAAAAGUAUGAUAUAGCAGUAAUCCUAAACUCGAACUCGAAAGUCCAAUUAGCUUCUCGGGUUCGUUCCAAGGCCCAAUCUCCCUCUCCCUCCGGUGAGCCCUCUCUCUAUUUCUCUCUCCUCUGCAAAACCCUAGAUCUCACUCCGGUGACCCGUUUCCGAUUCGGAUCCGCGUUUUCACCGUUUCUUUCUUCAAUUGGUAGAUCCGAAACCCUAACUUCUCGAUUUUCGUGAACUUAUUAAAGUCUCUUCCAUCUGAAACCUAUUUUUGCGAUGUAGGAAGAUACAUAUUGGAAUAAGAUGGUAACUGUUGAAGAAGACAAAGUGGUAGCGACCCCUGAUAUCAAAAAUGCACCAGUCAACCCUGAUAUUAAGCCUAGCAAUGACCUGGCUAAUUCUGAAAAUCAGUCUGACAGUAAUAUGGAAAAUUUGGAGUUUCAGCCAAACCAGGAUCGCUCUGAUUCCACAGCAGAACCUGAAAAGGGACAUCCUACAUCUGAAUUACAAGCUUCUGGUGGUGAUGCAAAUGGAGGGACAUCCAAUCAUGAGUUGGACAACACUGAGGAACCUCCAAACAACAAGCCUGAGAAUUUUGAAUCACUACCCAUUGACCAGUUGAGCAAUGCUGAGGCCCCAGACAACGAUCAGCUAGUUGAUUCUGAGGCACCACUCAACAAUCCAUCCGCCGACUCCGAAACACCCCCUGACAGUCAGCCUGUUAGCUCAGAAUCUACUCAUGACCAGAAGUUUGUUUCUGAGGCACUACCAAGCAACCUGCCGAUCAAUUCCGAGGCGCUUCCAAAUAAUGGUGUGGUUAAUUCUGAAUUACAGACUAGUAAUGGUGUGGAUGUAGGAUCCGAAACGCAGCACAGCAAUGAGGUAGCUUUAUCUGAAACGCAGCACAGCAAUGAGGUGGCUUUAUCUGAAACUCAGCACAGCAGUGAGGUUGUCAUGUCUGAGGCACAGCACAACAAUGAGAAUACCAUACAUGAAUCACAGACCAGCAAUGAUGUGGUCAUGACUGAAGCCAUGCCUGCAAAUGAGUUGGCCACUUCCACAAUAUAUCCUAACAAUCAGCUUUCACAUCCCGAAACUCACUCUCAUGAUCAUCACUUUGCUGAUUUCCAUAUGAUUCCUGAAGAUCAGUUGCCGCAACCGGAAUCACUUCCCGAUUGUGAUCCACUGCCUUGUUCUGAACCACUGGCAGACAGUCACAUCAGAGACAUCAAACCAAUGCCACACGAUCACCUUGCUCAGUAUGAUACAGUCCCCAAUAAUCAUCUGGACCAUUCUGAGGGACUGUGCAACCACCAGCUAACUGAUUCUGAGACAUUGUCCCAUGGGCAGCUAGAUAAUUCCCAAAUGUUGCAUCACUAUGAGCUGGAAAAUAAUGAAACUCUGCAUGAAAGUCAGCUAGUUAAUUCUCAAGAACACUAUGGAAUUGUCAGUGCUAACAACAUACCCAGCUAUGAGAUAGUAAAUGCUGAAACUCCACUGAACUGUGAGGAACCUACCCCAGAAACUCAGCCAAACAAGAGGAGGAAAAAGAAGUCUGUAGUCUGGGAAUACUUUACCAUAGGAAAUGUUAAUGCUGGGUGUAGAAGAGCAUACUGCAAGCAAUGCAAUCAAAGUUUUGCAUAUAGUACUGGUUCAAAGGUUGCUGGUACCAGCCACCUUAAGCGCCACAUUGCCAAAGGGACGUGUGCAGCUCUUCUGCGUAGCCAAGAUCCAAAUAAUUUGAACACAUAUACCCCACGAGCAAGGGGAACAGGUGCUGGAAAUUCUAGCAGUACACCAAAGCGCCGUUAUAGAUCUGGGGGUUCUCCUUACAUAAUUUUUGAUCAAGAUCGCUGCCGCCAUGAGAUUGCUAGGAUGAUCAUUAUGCAUGAUUACCCUCUCCACAUGGUUGAGCAUCCAGGAUUUGUUGCAUUUGUUCAAAAUCUGCAGCCCCAGUUCAAUAUGGUGACCUUUAACGCUGUCCAAGGAGACUGUGUUGCAACUUACUUGAGCGAAAAACAAAAGCUUCAGAAAUAUUUUGAUGUAUUACCAGGGCGUUUCUGUCUGACACUGGACAUGUGGACCUCAAGUCAAUCUGUAGGAUAUGUAUAUAUAACUGGACAUUUUGUUGAUAGUGAUUGGAAGUUACAGAGGAGAAUUCUCAAUGUUGUCAUGGAACCGUACCCUGAUUCUGACUCUGCUAUCAGCCAUGCUGUAUCUGCUUGCCUUUCGGAUUGGAAUUUGGAUGGCAGGCUGUUUUCUUUAACUUGUAAUCAUGCACUAAGCGAAGUUGCCUUUGGAAACCUCAGAUCAUUACUCUCUGCGAAAAAUCCACUUAUCCUCAAUGGUCAGUUGCUAGUUGGAAGUUGCAUUGCCAGAACUUUAAGCAGUGUUGCCAAUGAUUUGUUGAACUCUGUACAAGACAUUGUGAAAAAAAUAAGGGAUAGUGUAAAAUAUGUGAAGACUUCGGAAUUGCAUGAGGAAAAAUUUGUGGUGCUCAAGCAGCAACUUCAGGUCCCCAGUGAAAGGAGCCUUUUUAUUGAUGACCAAACCCAAUGGAAUACAACAUACCAAAUGCUGGUAGCAGCAUCUGAGCUAAAGGAAGUGUUUUCUUGUUUGGAUACUUCGGAUCCAGAUUACAAGCGAACCCCAUCUAUGCAAGAUUGGAAGGUAGUUGAGACCCUCUGCACUUAUUUGAAGCCCCUUUAUGAUGCAGCAAACAUUCUUACCACAACAACUCAACCCACUGCUAUUACCUUCUUUCAUGAAGUUUGGAAAUUGCAGUUGGAUCUUGCUCGUGCUGUUACAAAUGAAGAAGAUCCCUUUAUUAGCAACCUUACUAAGCCCAUGCAAGAAAAGAUUGACAAGUACUGGAGAGAUUGUAGUCUUGUUUUGGCAAUUGCAGUUGUUAUGGAUCCUCGUUUCAAGAUGAAGCUUGUAGAAUUUAGCUUCACAAAAAUCUAUGGUGAUGAUGCUCAUGAAUAUGUCAAGAUUGUUGAAGAUGGAGUACAUGAGUUGUUCAAUGAGUAUGUGGCCCUUCCCCUACCACUGACACCUGCUUAUGCAGAAGAAGGAAAUGUGAAGAGUGAGGGUUCACCAGGAAGAACUCUGUUAUCAGAUAAUGGAUUAACAGAUUUUGAUGUCUACAUCAUGGAAACUAGUAGCCAACAGACAAAAUCUGAAUUGGACCAGUACCUGGAAGAGUCACUGUUGCCGCGUGUACCAGAGUUUGACGUAUUGGGUUGGUGGAAGCUAAACAAACUGAAGUACCCAACUCUUUCGAAGAUGGCCCGAGAUAUAUUGUCUAUUCCUGUUUCGAGUGUUCCUGCUNACUCUAUAUUUGACAGUAAAAGCAAAGAGAUGGAUCAAUAUCGCAGUUCCUUGCGACCAGAGGUAGUGGAGGCCCUCAUAUGUGCCAAAGAUUGGAUGCAGUAUGCACCACCUGAAGCUUCGAAUGCACUUCUGAAAAUUGAAUUCUAGUUUGGACCUUAGUGGUGGUUGUACUCUAUGAUGGUAGGUUCUGUUAUUUAUUUUACUUAUAUACUAGUUCCUAGUUUUCUAUGUUAGUAUUCUUGACAUUUAAAUAGAGAAUUGGAUUGUUGGACGUAAAUACUUCAGUACUAUCGUUGCGUUGAAUCAAAUCAAAUCCAUAUAUGUUUUUUAA